AUGGCUUCUAAAGUGUGUGAAUCAAUUAAUACGAUCGAUGAAUAUUUUGCUGGAGAUCUGAACAACUCGGGAAAAGAUGAUUCUGGGAAGUAUUUAAAUAUGUAUUGCCCUGAUGGUAAUUGUAGUAGUGAUGAACUAAAGAUUAUCUCUGGUUUUAUAAUGUUACUAAAUAUGAUUGGUGAGGAAGAUAUAGAUAGUGAUAAACUUGUUGAAUACCCUAUUUUAUGGUUAAGUUAUAAACUAAAUCAAAAAAAAGAAAAUGGAACGACUAGAUUAGACAAUUUUCAUACUGGAAAUAUAAAAGGAAAUGAUUGUUAUAAUACGCAUAUAGCUGCUGAUAGUGGUAGCGGUAGUAAUAAGAUUUAUAUGGGUGUUAUAGAUACAAAAAUAGAAUCGAUGAAUAUUGAUAUUAAAGAUAUAUCUAAUUUUUAUGAUGCAUUUAAAUCAUUAUGUAACAUGUAUAGUGAAAUUGGUGCAGAAGGCUACCAAUGUAAGAAAUGUUUAGAAAAUGCUGGAGAAUUUUUUGAAAAAUGUGAAAAAGUUAAAAAUGCUUUUGAUAUUAAUAAAGGAAGUUCUUAUUUACAACUAUGGUCUAGUUUAUCAAAUGAUUAUAAUAUUUUUAAACAGGAAUAUAUAACUAGUUGUGAUAAUGCCUCAUCAGUUGUAGCUUGUCCACGAAGUUCAGUAACAAAAAAUAUACUAAUUACAAUUGGAAUUAUAUUUGUUGCAGCAUCAAUUUUAUUGGGAGUUUCUUAUAAGUAUUCGUUAUUUGGAUUUCGGAAACGAUCUCAAAAACAACAUUUAAGAGAAAUGCUAAAAAAAUAA